UCGAGCUGAUCUAAUGCACGGUGCUCGUUGGAGACCGUCGCGACGCAUGUCGUCAUCAGCUGUCAUCAGGCAUCAUCAUCAUCGUCAUUUUUCGUCAGUAGUGGCGGUGCUGCCUUUGGCCUUCAUCUAGUGUGAAUGUGGCGCCUAGUGGCGAAUCAUUUUUUGUUGUUGUUGUUAAGUCACCGCAAGUGCCAAGUGCGGUGCUACCGGCCGAUUAUAGUACUUAAUUGUAGUUGAACCCCCCGCACUAACAACCCCCCCCCCAUACACCAUCAUGCCUGUGCGACGUGGCCACGUGGCGCCUCGGAACACCAUCAUCGAAACAAUCAUCAGAAAAUUCGACACUCACAAUCGUAGUUUUCUGGUGGCGAACAACCAGGGCACGUCAUGUCACAUAAUCUACUGCUCGGACGGCUUCUGCCGGCUGUCGGGCUUCUCGCGUGCGGAGGUGAUGCAGCGACCAGCCACCUGCGACUUUCUGCACGGGCCGCUCACCUCCCAGCAGGCGGUCACCGUUGUCCGCGACGCCCUGGCCGCCGGCAUCGAGAAGCACUUCGAAAUACUCUACUACCGCAAAGAUGGGACCAAGUUUUUAUGCAGCGAAGUUAUAGCACCAGUCAAAAGCGAAGUUGACGAUAUUUAUCUGUACAUAAUUAACUUUGAGGACUUAACUGCACCACCGCCUACUCUCGAAGAUCCGAGUGCCAAUCAUCGCCUUAGUAAAUUCGAUCGUGCCAGACAGUCAUUUAGACAAUCGCUGCGAAUGCCUCUGAGGGGUCGCGGACUGCGGCUGACCGGCUACCUCACACCUCCCACUGCCGAAGAAGAACAGGGCUCAGAGGAUGAUCAGAGAAAGAGCGAAGCCCAAAGCAGGCUGUCAGGUGAUGUUGGCACUGGCACGGCGCCGACGACCACAGAGAGAGGCGUCCGUGGUCAGGAGAGUCCAGCACGCAUUCACCAAGGAGCCAACCAUGUGCCUCGAACUCCCUCCACCACAGCACCUAUCGCAUCUCCCGAACAGAUGUCACAGAGAAGUGUUAUAAUUCCGUGGGAGGAAGAAGGGUCGGGGGGAGUUCCCCACGCAAGCUCGUUGGAUACUCUCUCGCGCGCUCAGAGGGUCAGCGAUCCUCCCCCGCCAAAAGCACCAAUCCGAAGCGCCACUGUUGGUGUUCUAAGGUCAAUUAGUCCUGUUUAUGCUCCAAGAGGACCAAGAUCUCAUACACUAGAUAAUUUUCCACAAGCAGCUCCAAGGAACCACGUGGCCAAAUGCUUUCCGAAUACUUCUUCAGAAAGCGACCUGCAGAAGUAUCGCGCCUCCUCAAUUUGGGACCACCCCCUUGCACCCUCUCUCAGCAACAUCGCCGCCGAAGGACUCCGCCACAAGUACUCGAUACAAGACAAUGGAUCAGCGAAGCUAUUCCAGGGAGCAAUGCACACGCCCAACAUGGGAGAGAAAGUUGCUCAGAUAUCAGAUGUGGAACAAAGUACGAAGCUUGUGCUGUCGUUGGGCGCAGACGUGCUGCCAGAAUACAAGCUGCAGUCGCCACGCAUCCACCGAUGGACAGUGCUGCACUACAGUCCGUUCAAGGCCGUCUGGGACUGGAUCAUCCUGCUGCUGGUCAUGUACACGGCUAUCUUCACGCCCUAUGUGGCCGCCUUCCUGCUCAACGAGCCAGACUUCGACACGCGCAAGAGCAAAAAGUACGGCGACGAUCCGAUCGUUGUCAUCGAUCUCAUAGUUGAUGUUACCUUCAUCAUAGACAUUCUAAUAAAUUUUCGGACAACGUAUGUGAACGCGAAUGACGAGGUGGUGUCUCACCCGGGCAAGAUCGCAGUGCACUACCUGAAGGGCUGGUUUCUGAUAGACCUGGUGGCAGCCAUCCCGUUCGACCUGCUUCUCUUCGGCUCCGACACAGACGAGGCUCACAUAAAAGAAAUUCCUCAGUUGGGCUUGGAUGCCGAUGAGACAACAACUCUGAUUGGUUUACUAAAAACAGCUCGGCUGUUGCGACUGGUGAGAGUGGCGCGAAAGAUUGAUCGCUACUCGGAGUACGGAGCGGCUGUCCUCCUGCUGCUCAUGGCUUCGUUUGCUCUCAUCGCGCACUGGCUUGCCUGCAUAUGGUAUGCGAUCGGCCAUGCAGAACGACCACAUUUAUCGAGUAAAGUGGGCUGGUUAGAUAUUUUAGCAAAUGAUACACAUCAGUUUUACCAUCCAAACGACACUGGAGGACCAUCGAUUAAGUCACGCUACGUUACAGCGUUAUAUUUUACGUUUAGUUCGUUAACUUCGGUUGGAUUUGGCAACGUCGCACCAAAUACCGACACAGAGAAAAUUUUUACUAUUUGCGUUAUGUUAGCUGGAUCGUUAAUGUAUGCUAGUAUCUUCGGUAAUGUAUCAGCAAUAAUUCAAAGAUUAUACUCAGGUACUGCAAGGUAUCACACUCAGAUGCUAAGGGUACGUGAGUUUAUACGCUUCCACCAAAUCCCCAAUCCCCUCAGACAGAGGCUUGAGGAGUACUUCCAGCACGCCUGGACGUAUACGAAUGGUAUAGAUAUGAACAGUGUACUAAAAGGAUUCCCCGAGUGCCUGCAGGCAGAUAUCUGCCUUCAUCUUAACCGCAAUUUGCUCACAAAUUGCUCUGCUUUCGAUGGCGCCUCACCUGGUUGUUUACGGGCAUUAUCAUUGAAAUUUAAAACAACCCAUGCACCCCCCGGUGAUACGCUGGUGCAUAAAGGAGAUGUACUAACAUCACUCUAUUUCAUCUCUAGAGGUUCUAUAGAAAUUCUAAAAGAAGAUAUUGUCAUGGCAAUUCUAAGUAAAGACGAUAUCUUCGGAGAAAACCCAUGUGCCCAUCCAACUAUUGGAAAAUCUUCAUGUAAUGUCAGAGCUUUAACUUACUGCGAUCUUCAUAAAAUCCAUAGAGAUGACCUCUUAGAUGUUCUUGAGUUGUAUCCUGAGUUCAAUCAAUCAUUUUCAAACAAUUUGGAAAUCACAUAUUACAUGAGAGAUGAGGAGCAGGCGGGCGUCGGUCCGCGCAUGAGCCGCAGCACGCGGCAGCCGCCCAACUACCAGUACUACCACUCGCGGUCCAACUCACAGGACGCGAAUGCGCCGGCAGGCGGCACAAUGGCUAUGGGAGCCGACAACACCGACGCCGAACAGCGUCUCACAUUCCGUCCAACCAACGCGCGCCACCCCUACCACAGCCAUCACAAUCCGGCCGACCUCACCCAUCCUCGGCGCCGGUGCUCCAGUGACGACGGAUCGCUGCAUGACCACAACUAUGAUAAAUGUAGUGGUCAUGGAAUAUUGGAGUUCUCUACGGAAAAAGCAGGCCAAGAUGUGACUCCUUUAAAUCUGCAGUUCGGGGAUAACAACAAUCGGUCGACUACUAUGAAUUCCAUAACAGGCAUGUUCAGCCAUCUGAAGCGUAGCCUCACUGAUCUGAGGUUGCAUGGACUCUCAUCCAAAUCUGCUACUAAGGACGAGUCAUCUAAUCUAACUGGACGUUCUUCUGCUUUGGAAUCCCGAAUAAGACGCUCAAGCAGUUCCCACAACAUGAAGCAUUCCAGGCAAGAGUUGAGAAUUUCACCACAGCCUUCGUCCAUUGACAGCACAAGAGAAACUCAACCCUUGUUGGACCACCAAGAUCCAAUUUCAGAGUCGGGAAUAGUGACACCACAACACGUGCUGUAUCAGAGCACGCAGCCGACGACAUCCGGAGACGUGACGACGUCGACUGCCACCGCCCCCGGUCCCGCCCCCACCCCCGCCACCGUCAACCUGGUCGACGAGUUGGCCGCCUCCGCUGCCCCACACUACUCCGCACCGCCGGGCUCCCAUAGUCCUUUACAUUCCACAUCAUUUCAAACAGGAAGCUUGACAGUGAUACCUCAACUGGACAGAGAGCAGCGUUGUUCGACAUGCGGGUCAUUACGAACAAAAACAAUGGAAACCAACCUCAAUGCUCGCAUGGACCAGUUGAGUAGACAAUUAGAGUCGUUAGAAAGCUCUGUUGCCAGCGAUAUAAGACUGAUUCUAAACUUGCUGCGACGACAGGGUUUGAAAAGUGCUGAUUCAUUACCUGAAACUGGAGAGCAGUUUUGUUGGCCGGAGUCGAGUACAAGGUUAAGGCCGUCACCAGUUAGGAGAAGCUCAAGUGUUCCUCAGAAUGGAGUCGGCCUUCAGUCUUCAUCGACUCUUCUACUCAGGAGAGACGAUGGAGGCGAAAGUGGAUUGACGGCUACCAGUAGUGGUCGACCUCCGCCUCCACCGCCCUGUCCCUCGCCAGGUGGUGGUGACAGGCUGAGGGCACCGCCUCCGCCCGCAUCUGCAUCCAUUCCAAGAAGGUGUCUUUCGCAGCCGAUCGACCUCUUUCAGCCACAACUGCAACCAACACAGCGGUUACAUGAUGAAGCGACGGCCUGGAGCGAACAGUUGUUCAACCCCUCAAAUUUGCCUCAAAGUAGAAGUGAGAGUAGCGAGGGGUGGAUGAGAGGUGAGGUGAGCAACCGCCGCAGACAGGUGUUCGCCAAUCGGUGUGCGGCCAGCGAUGAGGCAGACAUGCUCGAGUUCCCCCCGGCCCCCCUUCCCAGGCUAGACUCAUUGCAAGAAAUGGAAAUCACUCGCACCGGGUCGUCUUCUUCAGAGAACCAGUCCGAUUCGAAAUCAUCGCAAGUCUAGUCCCAAGUCAUACUUUUUAUUCCUAUUAUUAAUUAUUGUAACUUACUUAUCAGUGGAUGCUCAUGGAAAUGCGAUACAUGUACCAAAUUUUCGCUCUGCUGAUGAUUAGAGUCACUAACUUUUCAUCUUUCAGAAAUGUUGGAACAUGGUACAAAUUUAUUCCUGAUAUUUUAUCAUUUUUAUGAAUCGGAGUCUACUUCCAAUAUCAUUGAUGCAAGCCUGUAACAAAACUUCAUGAGUUCAAAAAUAUAAUUUGAUGAUAACUUUGAGUUAUUCAUUCAAAAGUGAAUUGCAUUUGAAUGAACAUUAGUAUUUAUAGUAUCUUCACUCUCUACUAACUGCAUACACUAAUUUCAUCUCUACUACUAAUUUUACAAUAUUACUAAAAUCGAAUAUGUUCUAAGCUUGUUAGGUACAUGUUUACAUGGAUAAACUAACAUGGAAAACACAAAUGUUUUUAUUUUAGUUAUUGAAUAAAUUCAAUCGGAUGUUGGUGUAUCUUGAAAUAUAUCUUUAGAAAGAUUCCAUUUCCAUUCAUCCUUUGGUUUCAAGUCCAUCAAAAACGGAAUCACCAUGUUCUCGCAUUGCGAAAUGGUUCAUGCAUUUCACAUAAGUACAUUUUUCAAUAUUUACCAUGUUACAAAUUCAGUACAUUUUCCAUGACCAUCCACAUUAUCAGCAUAGCAAUAUGAAAUGUAUAUUAUUCAUUUUCUUCGGCCGAAUAAUGAGUUCAAUUUUUCAUUUCCACUGAGGUAUGAGUGAGAGUGUUUCCCAAAAUGAACGAACUCGAAAACCGUGUACAAUAUGAUGAUUUAUAGAUUAGAUGUUUGCACAAUAUAAGUCGGUUAGCGAACAUUAUGAAUUCUCUAAAUAGGCUACCGUAUUCUUAUAGAAUCAUGAACAUGCAAUACGAUUUCAUUUGAUGAAUUGCUGCAUUGUUGAUAGCUGUAAUUUAAUAUGUUAGAUUUUUAUUCGUUUAAGUAAUUGAUUAUUGAAGUACCUGAUUUAGAUGAAGCGCAAUUUCGAAUCUGGCAUAACUUAUCCUGAUGACAUAAGUUGUUGGAUUCGAUUUUGUAUUAGAGCUUUUAUUCCGUUAAUUAUUCUUUGUGAGAAUCUAUAUUUAUUGUUUAUGAAUGAUGCGCUUGAAGUUACUAGAAAGCAUAUAAAUAGUGUGUUUCAAGAUGGUACAUUUGUGUUCUCUCAUUAAGAAAUGUUUACUAGGUAUCAAUCUGUGACAAUGAAUAACUCUCUUUUUAUAAUUUAUAACUUUCAACAAUGCUUUGUCAUAGUGCCUCAUAUUUGAAUGGCCUUAUUGUAAAUUAUUGAAUUUCAUAUCCCAACUCACCCUAUUCAUUUUACAAUUGCAAGUCUCUCGUGUAAUACAAUUUUGUUAUUUAAAAUAUUUUGUUUGAGGUUCUCAUACAUGUUAGUAUCUAAAUGCUGUAAUAUCGUACUUGAUACAAGCCUACUUGAACUAAAAAUAGUUCAACUACUUGAAAAAAAGUAAUAGUCAAAGUGCCGGUUGCACAAAAUCCGGUUAAAUUUUAAUCGUGAUUAAUUCCACAAGAAGCAAACAGAGAAGCCGUCUUUUCAAAAAAUACUUCUCUGAUUUUUUUAAUUUUUGCCAGUUUCACUAUAAUCCAGCUUUUAUCAUUGAUAAUAACAGAAAAUUACCUGUUUUUUCAUCCUUAGUUUAUUUCAAACCCAACUUUUUAUUUUUCAGUCAACUAAUAAAUAAUGAUUAGGAUAUUUUCCUGUUUGCCAUACAGACGAUUGUGUAGCCUUCCGUCUACUUCGGAAAUUUAUAUUUCUGUCCCCUUCGGUAUCACCGUAGGCAAAAGCAUAGGAAUAGCAUAGGCUAUGCUAUCUCUUCUGUAUGGUUUCAUUAUGAGACUUAAUAAAGUUUUGCGGACUUUUUUGUCUGAAUUAUUCGGGUUUUUAUUGAUAGUUAGCUUUAUAGAAUGAAAGUAGUUACACUGUAGAUAAAUGAAUCCGAAUUAACAAAAAAAUUUUAAUAAUGGAUAAAAGAGUAACGAAAUGCUACAACGAAAUCUCACUCAUUCAUGAAAGCUUUUAUGUAGUCUACUAUGAAUCGAUGAUUCAUGUAUUGGUUCAACUUUUGGUAACAAUGAAAUAGUCUUAGAAUCGUUUUUAUAUUUACUAAAUAAUGUAUUCACUUUAAUUGUCAUUCAGCUAUUCAAUUCAAAUUGCGUCUUUCAAUCAUCAUUUUGUCAUUUUAGAUAUUAUUAUAGAAAAAAUAUAAUCUGCUUGGUUAGUAUGUAAGAAUUUGAAUUAUACUAGCCUUUUAUCAAUACGUCAAUAAUUAUUAAUUGUAUAUUUUUCAGCCAAAAUGUAGUCUAUUUUCAAACAUUAAAAUUGAAUUUUUCAUUUUGUACAAUUAAGAAUGAUGUUAUCAGAUAUUGAUCAAGCACUUUUUACUCUUUAAAUAAGACAUUUUCUCUGCUCAACCUUUUAUAUUAUUAUUUUUCACAAAUUUACUUUUGGAGUUUCAAGUUAUAAAAAUUCGACAUGUCACAGAAAAAGUGUUUAGUAACUCAACGAUUUAAGACUUUUCGAUAAUACGUGAGACAUUUUUCUUUCAUUAUGUUUUUAUAGAAAUUAGUUUUCUAUAAAUCUAUGCUUCGAUUUUCAAGCUAAUGAAUGAUAGAAAAAUGUUCGAUUUUCAACCUACAUGGUUGUAAGGGCAUGGUUAUGAUUGAUUAUUUUAUACACAUGUAAAACUUCCUUCUUCUGAAAAGUUAGCUUUUUCGGCUUGUUGCACUUAUUCAUCUUCCACAUUUCCAUCCAUAUACCCACUUACCAUAACAAAAAUCAUACUUAAUUGGAGUAUGCAUUUUUACAUUCGGAUACAUAAAAAGCGUUUAAUUGAAAUGAAGAGUAAGCUUGGUGUAUUAAGCUUCCACCAUUGCGAAAAUAUUAUAUCAACUGAGCUGAUGCCAUAAAAAUCAUGCCUUAUGUUAAAAAGUGCGGUUAUCCCAAUAUUCUUCUAUCAAUAAGUGAGAGCUCAGUUUUUAUUCUAAAAACAUUUUUCUUACCAGCCUAUUUUAUCAAUAGUUAUAGUGAUGAGGUAUAAUAGACCAACUUAAGAUCUAUACACCUUUUCAAAAUAACCAACUUUCUUAUUAGCAAUAAACGAUCAUUUAUUCCAAAACAGCAUGGAAUAGAUUCACUUAUUUUUUACAGUAUUUUCUACUGUUUUCUAUAUGACUCAAGGAAUCUAAAUAGUAUUCUAGUUUGUAGUAGAUUCUUAACAAUUUUUUCAGCUCCAUUUUAUUUGAAAUCUCUUCAUACUAGUCGAGGGUUUUUUAGAAGACUAAAUCUCAAAAUUUUCAAUUUAAUAUGAGGUCAUGAAUUGUGUUGGUGAAGAUGCCAUAAAAAACGCACACAAAUGGAAUUUUGUGGAAAUUGUGCUUGAGAUUAUUCAAAGAUCUUGUCUACCACGUAAGCAAAUUCGAAGCCAGCAAAAUAAAGUGAAUGCAUGUUAUGUUUGAAUUAGAUAUGAUCAAAGUUACCCAUUCUUACAAGAAAUAGGUAGUACUUUGUUUAUGCAAACCCACUAUUGUAAACCUUCAAUCCCGGUUCCACAAAACUUUACAAAAAAUGGUAAUCGAAUCAUUGCACAAUCAGGUGGUGUGUUUCGUUUCAAUGAAUUCGUUUUUACUGCUUUGAGAAAGAAUGAACAAUAUUUUUAUUCAACCCAAUCAUAUUCUUUAUAUUCUUACCCAUUAUAAAUAGCAUAUAUUAUAGCCAUUGGCGAAAUUGAGAUACCAUCAUCCGAAUCAUUAUGUGAUUACCGAAUGUUGAACAAUGUUAAUGUACCGUAAUCAGAAAUAGUCCAGUUGUAUGGUUUAGUUCAAAUGUAGAGUUGCACUUUAAUAUAUUCUCGAAUUCUAUCCAAAAUGUUUUUUAUGAAUCGUUUUAAAUUAUUCAAUUCAUUCAACAAUAGUUUAUUAUUGCUGAUAGAAAUAGAGAAUGAUUAAGAACACCAAGAUAAUCACACGCAGUUUGCAAAAGUCCAAUAAUUUAGAUAGUUGUUGAUAUUAAACAGAGAUCAAUGAUAAAAUAAUAAUAAUAACAUUGCUUGAAUAAAGAUGAAUUAGAAUUUUUACGAUCGCGUCACUCGAUCUAGGUAUAGAGUAUGGUUAUUUAAAGUAAAUUUUCUACGGAUUAGACAGUCAGUGGCCUCAUUUUUCUUACAUGUAAAGGUUGGAACAAAUUUCCAAAUGUCUGUAUCCAAAUUUGACUAUAUAAUAUCUCAUCAUAGAAUAAAAUGUAAUCUUUUUUAAUUACUGUUGACACCAUCACCAUUUACUUUUGGAAUGUGAUCAGCUUUUCGUAAAAAUUAAUACAGUAUUAUUUUUCCGCAAUAAUUUGAUUUGAAAUAUAGUCAAGCUUUCAUAAUAUAUCAUAUUUAUUAAGAAAUGUCUAUCUUAUUGGGCAAUAAUUUAGGAUUUUCUCUUACGGUGAUAUUGAGAUGAUUUAGAGUGAUGGUUGGACCAAUAAAGCAAAGGUCCAUUGCAUCUCAGUCACCGAUCACCCAGUUAGUCUGAUAAUAGAAGUCUUCUCUGAAUGGAUCGGAAAUAAUUAUAUGAUAAAAAUAUAACCUGACAUUACUUGAACCAUUGUGAAUUAAAAAGUGAAGUACCAAAAAGUUAUUUGUUGAAGAUCUAAAGUAAUAACAUUUUUCAAAACUCAAAUUAUAAAACCGAAAGUAAGUUUAUUGUCUUUCUAUUCAAAUUAUGUAAAACUGUCUACUGCUGAUAAGCUAGCUUAUUCAUUCAAGCUAGUUGUUGUUAUUUAUAAUUUUGAUGGAACUAUUUGAAAAUGUAUUAUUAAUUCAACCUAAUCAAUUCCAAGAGGAGAAGCUUUUCAUUUAUAAUCAAAAUAGUUCAAAUUAUGUUAUGAACUUACAAAAUGCUACAAGCAAUAUUAAUAAUAAUGAUGAUGAUAUGCAUGUGAAAUGCUGAAGCUAGAAUUCAUAUCUAAUUUCUAUCACCCUAAUUAUCAUAGACUAGUAUAUUACAAAUAUAAAAACUAUUUUAGAGCUCAUCGCAUUAGCCACCCUACUUCAGAAAUCAGUCAUUACAGUAGUAUCAAAAACCAUGAAUUAUUUUUUCAAGCUUUCUGUUGAAAUUGCAUUUAUCAUAACUCUGGUUUUAUAUUACUAUGCAACUACACAGCUUUGGUGCUUUACUAUUUACCAUUUUAUAUAGAUAUUGUGUCUUAAUAAGGUAUAAAAAGACUUAGGCUAGGUUGAAUGCAGUAUUUGUACUUCUAUGUUGUUCUAAGAUAAUAUUCAUUUGUAGAACCUGUUAUGAAAAGUGCCUAGUCACACAAUAAAUUAUUAUAAAAUGAUAAACCAAAAAAUAUUACUGUCAUAUUAUAUGCAUGUACCAUAAUAAUUUUAUUGUAAAUACUGUUUUCUUGGGGGAGACAGGGAUUGGAAAUAGCUCAAAGUGAGAAUUUAAUAAAAUAUUGAAUUAUUUGAUAACGAUUAUUUUCAUGGGCAUCGAUUGAAAUAGAAAAUAAUGAAACAAUUGAACAAAAAAAAUGACUGCAAUAAUAUUAAUUGUAAUUUCUAUACAUUGGUAUUAGCAUCACUAUAAUUUAAGAAUAAAAUUCGAAAAUGUUUCUUUCAAUUAUAAAUUUUUUGUUUUGGAAAUAAAUAAUGAAACCUGA